UAAGCCCGAGCAAGGGGUCGGGCUGAUACCUCCGGGAUCAAGAUCUCUUGACCUGUGUCUGGCAACGAUCGCCUCACCAUGUAAAGGCUCACUUCCCAACCCUGACCAAGAAGAGAGAGUAGAGCCAGGCUGAAAACUAAAAAAAGGUCAUUACCUUUCCAUUUCUCACAAUUGGGCUGAGCACGAUUGAACCAUGGGGGAACACAGUCCAGAGGACACCACCAUCUUCUUUAAGGGCGAGGAAGAUGUGCUGGCCCCCGAUGACAAGAUGCUCCGGUUUGUGGAUGACAAUGAACUGGUGCCUUCCUCAUCUGGAACUGUUUAUGAUAGGACAACUGUUCUUAUCGAGCAGGACCCCGGCACUUUGGAGGACGAAGAUGAUGAUGGACAGUGUGGAGAACACUUGCCUUUUCUAGUAGGGGGUGAAGAGGGCUUCCUAAUAGACCAGGAAGCAAUGUCCCAGGGUUACGUGCAACACAUUAUCUCACCCGAUCAGAUUCACUUGACUAUAAACCCUGGUUCCACGCCCAUGCCAAGAAAUAUCGAAGGUGCCACCCUUACUCUGCAGUCGGAAUGUCCAGAAACGAAACGUAAAGAAGUAAAGCGGUACCAGUGCACCUUUGAGGGCUGCCCCCGCACCUACAGCACAGCAGGUAACUUGCGCACCCACCAGAAAACUCACCGAGGAGAGUACACCUUCGUCUGUAAUCAGGAGGGCUGUGGCAAGGCCUUCCUCACCUCCUACAGCCUCAGGAUCCAUGUGCGAGUGCACACGAAGGAGAAGCCAUUUGAGUGUGAUGUACAGGGCUGUGAGAAGGCGUUCAACACACUGUACAGGUUGAAAGCACAUCAAAGGCUUCACACAGGGAAAACGUUUAACUGUGAAUCGCAAGGCUGCAGCAAGUACUUCACCACGCUCAGUGAUCUGAGGAAGCACAUUCGAACCCAUACAGGAGAAAAGCCAUUUCGAUGUGAUCACGAUGGCUGUGGAAAAGCAUUUGCAGCAAGCCACCACCUUAAAACUCAUGUUCGUACACAUACUGGUGAGAGACCCUUCUUCUGUCCCAGUAAUGGCUGUGAGAAAACCUUCAGCACUCAGUACAGUCUUAAAAGCCACAUGAAAGGUCAUGAUAACAAAGGGCACUCAUACAGUGCACUUCCACAGCAAAAUGGAUCAGAGGAUACAAAUCACUCACUUUAUCUGGGUGAGUUGGGUCUUCUAUCCACGGAUUCUGAAUUACAAGAAAAUUCCAAUACAACACAGGACCAGGACCUCAGCACAAUCUCACCAGCAAUCAUCUUUGAGUCAAUGUUCCAGAGUCCAGAUGACACUGCAGUUCAGGAAGACCCUCUGCAGACAGCUGCCUUGAUUGACAGUUUUAAUGGUGAUGCAGAGUCAGUGAGUGAUGUCCCACCACACCCAGGAAAUUCAGCAUCUCUGUCUCUUCCACUUGUACUGCAGCCUGGCAUCUCCGAGCCUCCCCAGCCUCUGUUACCAGCCACAGCUCCAUCCGCUGCUCUGCCUGCUCCCUCCCUAGGACCUGGUUCCCAGCCAGCCUCAUUUGGCAGCCCCCCUGCUCUCUUACAACCUCCAGAAGUGCCUGUUCCCCACAGCACACAGUUUGCUGCUAAUCAUCAAGAGUUUCUUCCGCACCCACCAGCGCCCCAGCCCAUCGUGCCAGGACUUUCGGUUGUUGCCGGGGCUUCUGCAUCAGCCGCGGCAGCGGUGGCAUCAGCUGUGGCAGCACCUGUUGCACCACAAAGUACUACUGAGUCCCUGCCAGCCAUGGUCCAGACUCUGCCCCUGGGUGCCAACUCUGUCCUAACUAAUAACCCCACCAUAACUAUCACCCCAACUCCCAACACGGCUAUCCUGCAGUCCAGUCUAGUCAUGGGAGAACCGAACUUGCAAUGGAUAUUAAAUGGUGCCACCAGUUCACCACAAAACCAAGAGCAAAUUCAGCAAGCAUCUAAAGUCGAGCAAGUGUAUUUUACCACUGCAGUACCAGUAGCCAGUAGCACAGGGAGCUCUGUCCAGCAGAUCGGCCUCAGUGUCCCUGUGAUCAUCAUCAAACAAGAGGAGGCAUGUCAGUGUCAGUGUGCAUGUCGGGACUCUGCGAAGGAGCGGGCGUCGGGCCGGAGAAAGGGCUGCUCUUCCCCACCCCCUCCAGAGCCGAACCCACAGCCUCCUGAUGGGCCCAGCCUGCAGCUACCACCCUAGACUUCUCCCUCACCCUUUCCCACCCCCUCAUCACCCUCCAUUGGACCCUCUUCCUGUGAGCAAGGCAGACAGGUCAAGGCUCCUCAGACCCUCAAACAGAAACAUAUAAGUGCCAUGGAUGUGUCAGCGUUCCUGCCCUCCAGAGCCUGGACACCCUGUCCAUUCUGAUUCGCAUUGAAGCACUACUGCAGGGGAGGAGGAGACAGGCCUGACCAGCAGCUUCUGCAGGGGCGGACCUGUGUGCACCGCCUCCAGUGGAGGGAAAGCAGCAAGCACUAGGUGCGAAGCCUGCCGUCACGGGGUCAGAAAUCAGAAGGAUGAAUUUUGCUGUUUGAAAGCCUCACCUUUCAGAUGUGUUUUCUUUAUUCAUGUCCCAGAACAUCCAUUUCAAGGAACUAAUCUUUGGAAGAAAAAAAAAAAAAACCAACAAAAAAAAAGCUAAGUUAUAAGUGAACUGUUUGGCUGCACUGUAUGUCACUUUUGCUUAUUGUUCUAUGAACUUGGAAUUUAAGGUUAUUCGUAUGCAUAAAAUUUCUAAAUGAAAGGAUGUGGUUUCCAUCAAUUUGGUACUGCCCAUCAUUUGCACUGGGGUCAUUAUGGAUCGGGCAGGAGAGUUUGGUGUGCUGGGUGUUGCUCCUCCUGUGUGACUUUUUGAAUGUGAAGCUGACACGUGGCUGGAAGGCCAGACCCUCACUGUUGAAGUGGCCAGUGGCAAAGGCAGAUGAGAGCUGUGAGCUGGGCAGGGCUUGGGAGAGAUGGCUUUGUCAUUUGCGCUUGAGAGUCAGUGGAGCUCAGGGUGGGUGCUGCAGGGGCUGUUUUGCAGCCCACUUAGCUUCAAGCCUGGACCAGCAGCUGUGAGAUGACCUGAUUCUGCAGGGACCCAAGGCAUGUUGUUGUCACUGAGUGUGUAGAGCAGGCUAUAGCUCCAGCACGUCUUUGCCUUCCUGGUUCUCUUCCCCUCAGGGCUUGCAGGUCAUGGUGUCUCUCCUUGGGAACACCCCUGUCUUGUCCUAGCAUGUACACGAGGCUUUGGCCAGUUGCUACGGGUCUGCCUGCCUUUGAUGGCGUUUACUUCCCCAGCAGAAGGGCUGCACAUACUUCUCAGGAGAAGGCGCAAGUCAAAGGGAGACUGGAUGAGGUAGCAGGUGAUUGGCAGACCAGGCUUUUGGUCGCCCUUCUAUCUCCACCCUCAACUCUCUGGAUUGUGCAUACAGCCUUGUACAGUGCAACAAGGAUGUGACUUGCUUGGCUUAGCUGUGAUUUUUCAACAAAAAGAAAGUACAAAACAAUGAUCUACUACUCAGGGUAAAAAACAAAUUCCCCUUCCACCAAAAAGCCUGAAAUGUUGCAAUAAGUUUUCUCAUUUGAAAUGUUUCAUUAAGUUGUGUUCUAGGAAAAAAAAAUUUUUAGAUUUGUGUAUCGAACUGUGUCAUCUGCCUGCUAUUGGUUCCAAGUUAUUCCCUCCCUUUUCAACAGUCCACCUGAGAAUGGAAGUUGCUCUCUUGGCUAUUUAAUGUACUCUUGAGAGCUCAGCGAUUGCAGAAGCUCACCUGGCCCAGGGUGUGGAAUAGACAGAUCUCUGACUCCCUCAGGGAGCAAGGCUGGUCACUGUACAAGACAGCAAAGAUAUGUAUUUGCUCCCUUCUGCUCUCCGAGCUGUUCCUCAGAGGUAGCCAAGAUAAUAUCCAUAGCAGAUAACCGGCCUGGGAGAGGCCUUGUCUUUACCAGCCAUCCGUGGACAAGGAGCAGUGGUGGCAGUGCUGUCACUGCCACAGGAAAAGGGGGCUGAAGUGCAAGCAGUUGAUACCUCAGUCCACAAGUAGAGCCAGGGAAGCGGACUUCCUUUUGACCUGUAUGUCCCUCCUCACAAAAGGCUUGGUUAAUUUUGAUCACCAUUGGCCUCAGCAGAAGUUGUCAUGGCAGGAAGAGCUUUCUGUUACCACAGUGGUUAGUCUAUCUCCAAGUCAGCACCCAUAGGAAGCUUUGAGCUUGGGCCCUUGCUAAAAUCACUACAGAUGGAUCCCAAUGUGAACUUGGUACCAACAGGCAAUAAUGGCCUUCCCCUAUGCCCAGGCCCUGAAGACCUGAGAGCCUGGUUCUAUAUGAGCUGAUGUGGGAAAUAGGAGCUCGGGGAGGACAUGUGAAGGUUUACUUGGUUGAAGUAUUGUUUCUUGGUUAGCUAGGUCUGUACUGUUAAUGGCCUCAUCCCAGAUCACUGGCUUGUCACUUUCCACAGAUUGGAGGUGGCAAUGAAGCAUUUUACAGUGUUUAGGUUCAGAUCUUUCCUAGUGGAAGUAUCUGCCUUUCGGGGUGACUUGUGGAUUACCAGAGAGACUAUCAGAUCCAGUCCACUUUAGGAAAAUCAGGAAUGUGCUUCAAAUGAGAGGGGCGGUUGUGCAGAGCAGCAGGUGUAUUCCACAGGGUAACCAGACUUUGCUGCCAUGCUCUGCCAGCACUCCUUCCCACCCAUUACCCCACAAGACUGGCCUCUAGUGGAAAGGUGGGGGACCCUGUCUUAAGUUAGGGCCAGAAAGACCAUUCAUAAAAAGAAUGAUUUCUCUGCCCUGGAAAUAGACCUACAUUAGGGUUAGGAAAAGUGAAUUCUAGCAGGUGGAAUCCAGUGUGUAUUCUCCCUGUGGCAACCUUAACCACUGUCACAAUGCAGACCUAUACUUGAGCUCCCACUAGCACCUGUCGUUGAGCUGUCCCUUCUAGGGGUCUAGUCAGCACCAGGGAGUGGAGCUGAUGGUCCUAGGAGGUUGUAGGGAUAUUCCCUGGUACCACCAAACUGCUCUAGAGAUAAAUGUGAUCCUUUUCAGAUGGAUGAGCAGCACUGAGGGAAAGUGGUUCAGUCUUCUGUGGCAGGGUCUAGUCAAUCGCAUUGGGAGUACCACUAAUUUGGUGACAGGAGUAGCGUCAUGUGUUGAAUCUCACCCCCUGUAGAAUGAGAUCAUAGUACAAAGCCCAGGAGAGGGCUUGAGGUGUGAAGACCUCUCUGGGUAGAAGGCAAGAGCUCUUUACUUCCAGGGACUCAGUAGAUGGGAGAGGGUUAUUUCAGGGUAAAGGCAGUGGACUGAUGGGGAUAAAUGGGUUUUCAUGAGGAGGCUUUGUAUAAUGCUGAAUGUGUCCAAAGGGACAAAUUUGCAGAACCUCAUAUUGGUAUAUUAAAUAAAUAAUAAAAAAGCACUUUAGGUUACUUGAUCUUUAACCCAAUUGCUGCAAUUUCUGUUGUGUGUGUGUGCGUGUGUGUGUGUGUGUGUGUGUAUACAUACACAUAUAUAUACAUAUACAAACAUACAUGUGUAUGUGUAUAUAUGUGUAUAUAUAUAUAUGUGUGUGUGUAUAUAUAUAUAUAUGUAUAUGCUUUCCACAAAGUUUUAUUUUUUGCUCAGAAUAAAAAGUUAAAUUGAGGUGUAAAAAGAAGAGCACUUACUUUGGUGCAAUAUGUGUGUAGCUGACAGUCGUUGUCCCAUGUGGCCCAGGCCUGGCCGCACUUUUCCGCUCCAUCAGCCCUGCACUGAAGUUGUCCAUAGGGAAACAUUCUGUUAUGCAUUCUCAGCAGCUGCUCAAUCUAUGCAAGCCUUCCCCGUGUGCCCCAGGCGCCCCCUCAGGCUCUCGGAGGAACUGCUGUGGAUGUUUUCUUUGACUAUUGAGGCCCCUUUUCACCACUUGGUCCCUUGCCAUCUCCCCCUCUUCACAAAGUAAUGCCUGAAAGGAAGGAACAGGUUGUUCCUAGGUAGAAACCUGGCACCUUGUAGACCUUCAUAUUUGUAAUUACAUCCAUUGAACUUCCAAACUUCGCCAGCAUUAUGGAAACCAUUAAUGGGUGGCAUUUUACCAAUAUUGCCCCGUAAUUAAGUUUUCUUACAUCACCAAUGAAAACUUUGCUAAGGGAGGGGAGGAGGCAGCACGAGCCAUCUUUGUGCUGCUCCCCAUAUCACUUGUGUUGGUUCUAAGCAAAGGCUUCCAGCCUGCAAAUCUGGUAACAAAACUGUUAAAUAGUCUGCUUUAUCAACGUUUUUCUCACUCGCCAGCUCCCACAUAAUCUUCGGUUCUCAGGCUGUGGAUUAGCAAUGUUGUAAAUACACCUCAGCCAAAACAGAAAGGUCUCACGGGUGCAGUAUGCAAGUAGCUCUGCUGUGACAUGGACGGGGAACUGUUCAUCCCGUCACGUUAGGGGAAGGCGUGGUGGUAGGAAACAAAACCAGAGGAUGCCUAUUUCUGAUUGAUCAGUCUCUUUGACCUAUUUCUUCUUGCACACUCUUGGUACAGAGAGGGAAAGGGUCCCUUUUCUUCUCAUGCCUUUGGGGAAGUUGAUGGUCACCAGCCUGGGAAUUUCUGUUACUCCCAUCAAAGAGAGGGCUUCUCAGUCUGCACUGGAAAACGGAGAUUAAACUGGAUCUUUAUGUCCCAGUGGGUACAGCCAAGCUUUUUACUGGAAGUGAGUGUUAAAAAACCAUGCAUUGCUCCUUUGCUGAGGGGAUUGUAUCACUUUCUCAGCUCAGUGCAGUUUCUACUUUUUCUUAGGGGGAAAAUUUUCAUAAAACCUUUUUCCACCAAAACCCAGGGGUGUCUUUUGCAAUAUCCUUGUUGCCCUUGUAGUGUGGUGCCAAGUCAGACCUUCUCUUGCCCUUUCCCUCGUGUUCUCAGGCCGCUCAAGGGCUGUUUGAUGCAACAGUCGACAUCUUUAGUUGUGUUUUGGAGAAAAUUGGGUUGGGGCUAGAGUUCAAGGUGGCUGUUUUGUUUUCCUGUGAACUCCCCUAGUCCCUGUUUGGGAAAGGUGACUGGAAACUGGCUUUUGCUGGCUGACAUACUCAGAUCUAGCCAGGAACUGCAGCAAGAGCCUUUUUCCUUAUCAUUGGAUGGUGGUGUGGUCUUGGUGACAAAAUUUUAAGUCCCAAAUAGCUUUAUUUGGAUUAUGUCAGUCUAUCAAAUUUCUUUUAAGUGUAUAACAUGGGAACAAUAGACUUCCACUGAGCGAUAUGAAAACGUUACAGGUUCAGUACUUCCAAAGGAAGAAACCUCCAAACCCAAAAAAGAAUAAAUAUGAAUUUGUAUUUUUGAAGAAUGUGAAAUAAUGGUGUUUGCUUAAUUGCUCAUUUUGUAUAAACUUAAUAUUGUACUUUAAAAUAUCUGCUAAGAAGUGAAAAUUUAACUUUUUGGAAUUGAGAAAGCAAUAUUAAAUACUAAUGAAAUCUUAAUUAAAUGCUUAUUUAAA